CUUGGAUCCAAAAUCACUGGAGCAACAAACCUUUCGAGACACAAGACAGAAAGUUCUGGAGCUGCAACUCUAACAGGACGUUUACUGGGCACAGCGGGGGGAAAGAAAGAAUAUUUAUCUAUCUAAAGACAUCAGGGAUUACUCUCAUCAUAGAGAGACUGAAGCCAUAUGGAUGUUCUUUUUUCCUUUGGCUUGUUUCCAGCGUGGAAGGCUGUUUUAGUCUGUUGAACCCCGUAGGAGAUCUCCAGAAGUCGCAGUAGUAGUUUCAAUCCUGCGUUGUUGACAGAGGUGCUAGAAAUGUCAGGCAGACUGCUUCCUGUCCUCCUCCUCUCUCUCUGUCUGGCUGUGGGUUCAGUCCAGAGUCAGGGUUCGUCCCAGGAUGCCUUCAUAAUCCAGUACCUGGAGAGGAGACUGUCUCAGAUGGAGGAGCGUCUGAAUCACUGCGAGCAAAACACAGCGUCCCUCACACAGAAGACCUACGACAUCUCCUCUGAAAUCAGGGGUUAUCUGUCCGCUGUCAGCGCUCUGAGAUCAGAGGUGAAGAGCCAGGUGGACGGCGUGUCUGUGCGAGUAGAGCGGGUGGAGAGAGAGUUGGAAUAUCUCGAAAACAAGAUUCCCACCCAGACUGACAUCGAGAUUGAGGAGGCGCUGCUGGAGCAACAGAUAAAGGCUGCAGAGCUGGACCAGCUGAAGAAGAAAGCCAAGAUCAAAAUGGAGAAAGACUGCAGCGCAGCCCUGACUCAAAUCAAGUCGCUCAAGAUUGUGAAGAAGGUCGGCGACACCUCUGGUUCCUGGUUCAAGGACCCCUCCGAAGGCUCAGCUAAGGUCUACCUGCUGAGUGGAAUUCGUAACAACACUGUGCUGGAGUAUGUUUCUCUGCAAAGUUUUGCAGAGAGGAUCACCACUCCACCCGCUAAAGUGCUGCAGCUGCCUUUUCAUUGGCAGGGAACAGGUCAUGUGGUCUACAACGGAUUUCUCUACUGCCACAAGGCAGACACACCCAAUCAGAUACAGAAGGUCGACCUGUUGAACGGUACCGUGGUGGACAGCACACUGAUACCAGGAGCAGGUCAUGUACCGGUCUAUGGUCUGAACCUCAACACUUACCUGGACAUGGCCGUGGAUGAACUUGGCCUCUGGGUCAUCUACGCCGACCCUGAGUACGGAGGAAACUUGGUCAUUACCAAACUGGAUAAAGGAACUUUGGCUGUAGAAUAUACCUGGGAUACACAGUGUAGAAGUCGUGACGCUGAAGGAGCUUUUCUAAUAUGUGGGACCCUCUAUGUGGUCUACAACAUUCACUAUGGAGGACGCUCCACCAUACAGUGUCUCUACGACAUCCAUGACACCAUUCACAGUGUUGAGAGUCCCGUGAUGUUCUUCCCAAAGCGCUACACCAGCCACAGCAGCAUCCACUACCACCCCGGAGACAAACAGCUGUACGCCUGGGACGACGGCUACCAGACGAUAUACAAAGUGGAGACACGUGUGAACGACCAAACCACUGCAGAAUAAAAAUUAUCUCAUUACUACUUCAGAAAUAAUCUAAAAGGAUGCAAUAAACAUCACUUUUUAAGGUUAUCGAUAAGUAUCUUAUAAUCUACUGUUGUUCAGUAUAGUGAUCCUUUGCUGGCAAUGGAUGCUGCUUUUAUCGCUGUUAAUCAUUAGAGACAUAAAGUCCAACCAGAGGCAUUAAUACAUCAUGUAGAUUUUAUACUUUGUCUAUCACAAUAAAGAACAUUUAAGUGU